AUGGCAGCGCUCCGCGACGCCGCGCGGGUCGGGGACCAGCCCGGCCGCGGUGGGGAGCCCCGAGUCCCCGCGGUGGGCCCGGACAGUCCCGCUGGUGGCACCGGCCCCGCACGGUCGCGGGACUCCGGCCGCCGCUGGGGAGACCUGGUGCUGCGGCCGCUCGGGCGCUCCCGGAAACUUUCCUCGGCGCUGUGCGCGGGCUCCCUGUCCUUUCUGCUGGCCCUGCUGGUGAGGCUGGCGCGCGGAGAGAUCAGCCGCGAGCCGGCGCGCAGGGAGGCGGCGGAGGAAGCGGCCCCGGGCGCAGAAGGGGGCGUCGUCCCGGGGCUGCGGGGAGGUGCUCCUGGGGGCGGCGCGCCGCUCAGCCCCUGGCUGCAGCCCUCGGCGCUGCUCUUCAGUCUCGUGUGUGCCUUCUUCUGGAUGGGCUUGUGCCUCCUGCGCGCCGGGGUGCGCCUGCCUCUGGCCGUCGCCCUGCUGGCCGCCUGCUGCGGGGGGGAAGCGCUCGUCCAGAUUGGGCUGGGCGUCGGGGAGGAUCACUUACUGUCGCUGCCGGCCGCGGGGGUGGUGCUCAGCUGCUUGGCCGCCGCGACAUGGCUGGUGCUGAGGCUGAGGCUGGGCGUCCUCAUGAUCGCCUGGACUAGCGCGGUCAGGACCGUGUCCCUCAUUUCCUUAGAGAGGUUCAAGGUCGCCUGGAGACCUUACCUGGCAUACUUGGCCGGCGUGCUGGGGCUGCUCCUGGCCAGGUACGUGGAGCAAAUCUUGCCGCAGUCCGCGGGGGCGGCUCCGAGGGAGCAUUUCGGGUCCCAGCUCAUUGCUGGGACCAGGGAAGAUACCCCAGUGUUUAAGAGGAGGAGACGGUCCAGCUCCGUGGUGUCCGCGGAGAUGUCCGGCUGCAGCAGCAAGUCGCAUCGUAGGACCUCCCUGCCCUGCAUACCGAGGGAACAGCUCAUGGGGCAUUCAGAAUGGGACCACAAACGAGGGCCAAGAGGAUCACAGUCCUCAGGGACCAGUAUUACUGUGGAUAUUGCCGUGAUGGGGGAGGCUCACGGCCUCAUUACCGACCUCCUGGCAGACCCUUCACUGCCCCCCAACGUGUGCACGUCCUUGAGGGCAGUGAGCAACCUGCUCAGCACCCAGCUCACCUUCCAGGCGAUUCACAAGCCCCGCAUGAAUCCUGCUGUUUCCUUCAGUGACAAUUACACCUGUUCUGAUUCUGAGGAAAGCUCUGAAAAAGACAAGCUGGCUAUCCCCAAGCGCCUGAGGAGGAGUUUGCCUCCCGGUUUGUUGAGACGAGUUUCGUCGACUUGGACAACCACCACCUCAGCCACAGGCCUCCCCACUUUGGAGCCUGCGCCUGUACGGAGGGACCGAAGUGCUAGCAUCAAACUGCAGGAAGCAUCUCCAUCAAGUGCUGUUAGUCCCGAUUCUUGGAAUACCCCAGUGAUGAUGACCCUCACCAAAAGCAGAUCCUUCACUUCAACCUAUGCUGUUUCUGCAGCUAACCAUGUAAACUCAAAAAAGCCAAAUCGACCAGGUGCCCUAGCUAAAAUUUCACCUCUUUCAUCGCCCUGUUCCUCACCUCCCCAAGGGACUCCUGCCAGCAGCCCAGUCAGCAAAAUUUCUGCAGUGCGGUUUCCAGAAUCUGCCAACACAACUGCCAGACUGGGCCUGGGUUCUCACAGGGCAUUAACUUAUACUCAGAGUGCCCCCGACCUGUCUCCUCAGAUCCUCCCUCCACCUGUUAUAUGUAGCAGCUGUGGCAGACCGUAUCCCCAAGGGAAUCCUGCAGACGGGCCCCUGGAGGGGAGCAGUGGAGCCAUUCGGACACCAAGCAGAACAGAUGACACUACUCAAGUUACCUCUGAUUAUGAAACCAACAACAACAGUGACAGCAGUGAUAUUGUACAGAAUGAAGACGAGACUGAGUGCCUGAGAGAGCCUAGGAGGAAAGCUUCUGCUUGUGCUCCCUACGCGCCUGAGGCCAUGAUAUUCCUGGACAAGCCAAUUCUUGCUCCUGAACCUCUUGUCAUGGAUAACUUGGACUCAAUUAUGGAGCAGCUAAAUACUUGGAAUUUUCCAAUUUUCGAUUUGGUGGAAAAAAUAGGAAGAAAAUGUGGCCGUAUUCUUAGUCAGGUAUCAUACAGACUUUUUGAAGACAUGGGCCUUUUUGAAGCUUUCAAAAUUCCAGUUAGGGAAUUUAUGAAUUAUUUUCAUGCUUUGGAGAUUGGAUACAGGGAAAUUCCUUAUCAUAACAGAAUCCAUGCCACUGAUGUGUUACAUGCUGUGUGGUACCUUACUACCCAGCCAAUUCCAGGCCACUCCACUGUAAUUAAUGAUCCCGGGUCAGCAAGUGAUUCAGAUUCUGACAGUGGAUUUACUCAUGGACAUAUGGGAUAUGUCUUCUCAAAAAUGUAUAACGUGCCUGAUGAUAAAUAUGGAUGUCUGUCUGGGAAUAUCCCUGCCUUAGAGUUAAUGGCAUUGUAUGUGGCUGCAGCCAUGCAUGAUUAUGAUCACCCAGGAAGGACAAACGCUUUCCUGGUUGCAACUAGUGCUCCUCAGGCGGUGCUCUAUAACGAUCGUUCCGUUUUGGAGAAUCAUCACGCAGCUGCUGCAUGGAAUCUUUUCAUGUCCCGGCCAGAGUACAACUUCUUAGUUAACCUUGACCAUGUGGAAUUUAAGCAUUUUCGUUUUCUUGUCAUUGAAGCAAUUCUGGCCACUGACCUGAAGAAACACUUUGAUUUUGUAGCCAAAUUUAAUGCCAAGGUGAAUGAUGAUGUUGGAAUAGAUUGGACCAAUGAAAAUGAUCGCCUCCUGGUUUGCCAAAUGUGUAUAAAGUUGGCUGAUAUCAAUGGGCCAGCUAAAUGCAAAGAGCUCCAUCUUCAGUGGACAGAGGGUAUUGUCAAUGAAUUUUAUGAACAGGGUGAUGAAGAGGCCAGCCUUGGGUUACCAAUAAGCCCCUUCAUGGACCGUUCUGCUCCUCAGUUGGCCAAUCUUCAGGAAUCCUUCAUCUCUCACAUUGUGGGUCCUCUGUGCAACUCCUAUGAUUCAGCAGGACUAAUGCCAGGGAAAUGGGUGGAAGAUAGUGAUGAGUCAGGAGAUACUGAUGACCCAGAAGAAGAAGAGGAGGAGGAAGCACCAAACGAAGAGGAAACCUGUGAAAAUAAUGAAUCUCCAAGAAAGAAAACUUUCAAAAGGAGGAAGAUCUACUGCCAAAUAACUCAGCACCUCCUGCAGAACCACAAGAUGUGGAAGAGAGUCAUUGAAGAGGAGCAGCGGUUGGCGGGCAUAGAGAACCCGUCCCUGGACCCGUCCGCCCAGCCGCCUCCCUCAGAACAGAUCCAGGCCAUCAGGGAAGAAGAGGAAGAGAAAGGGAAGCCCAGAGGAGAGGAGAUCCCGGCUCCGGAGCAAAACCAGUGACAGUGGAUACAAUGAGCUGUGUUUCCCAGCAGAGUGACUUGUCACAGACUCUUUUCAAGCCAGCACAACACUUAGACACAACACUGUAGAAAUACGAGAAGAUGGGCAAACAGCUAUUGCAUUUUGGGAUUCUUCGCGUUUUAUGGGUUUAUUUUUACAGUGAGGUACAUUGUUAAAAACUCUUGCUCAGAGAAGCUUUCACAUUUGCAACACCAGCUUCUAAGGAUUUUUUUUAAGGAAGACAUAUAUAUGUGUGUGUGUAUAUAAGCUCGCACGUAGAUACAUGUAAAACAUAUUCACACACAUACACGCACACGCACAUGCACACUGAAAGCCAGGCUUCCUGGCACCACCAUUUAGUAACAUUCAUGUUAAGAUAUAUAGUGCUCACUGUGAUAUAAUAAGUUAUAAAGGAAAAAAAUAAAGGAAAACAAAUCACAAAGGAAAUGGUGCGGCUUAGCAGGGAAACAGUGCAGGGAAUGUCAGUUCCCAACUAAGGAGCUUUGGCUCUUAGUAAUGACGGAUGAAAGUUCCAGAGCAUUAUUUGAGUUCUUACACAUCCUGCCAACACCGUGUGUGUGUGUGUGUGUGUGUGUGUGAGUGUGAGAGAGAGAGAGAGAGGAGUGAAAGUGUGCCUGUGUGUGUGUAUGUGUGUAUGUACCAGAGAUUCUUUUGGUUUUAGUAGCUCGUAGAGUAGCUGCAGCAAAUGACUCUGCGCAUCUGAACAAAGAGAAGGUGGUUCACUCUGGAGUGUCUUUGAGAGACAGUCGUGCCAAAUGCCUUCCUCCAUGUAGCUCCAGUACAACUCCUCCCCAGAGGGAGGGUAGUCACAGGCUGGCGAGCGGGCCACGUGACUGGUACUACUGCCCAGGCUCCGCUUGGAGGCACUCCAUUGCCAGCCUUAAACCUGGAAGACAGGCAUUUUCCAAUCUCCUUGCCUAAUGAAUGUAUAGGAGCUGUUUGUGAGUAGGUCACUCACGGAAGAUCGAAUCACCUUUGUAAGGGGAUGGCCUUCUUUAUACGUAAACACUUAAGAAGGAGCUGGAGACAGAUCUUUUCAUGAGGUUAGCAUUCUAAAACAUUGCCAGAGAAGACCUGGGGAAUUGCUCUAAUACAAUCGAUCUCCCGGGGUCUUAAUGUGCUGCAAAAUGUGUGAUAGAAGAGGAAGGAAGAAAAGCAAGAACAAAAGCAAAAGAAGAGCCUGCUAUGGGAGGAUAUAUAGUGAGAGGCGAAGGGGGGGAAUUUCAACUUGGGGUUUGGUGUGUGUGGACAGAGUGAGAGACCGAUUCUUGGCAAUUGAAGAUUGGCUUUGGGUGGCCAAGUUUCCACUGAGGGCCUGUUGUGGUGGUCCACGUGCUGUGGGAUGGGGUGGCUUCGAUCUGCAGUCUGGCCCCUUGUCAUGUUCCUUUGGGCAGGGAAGAUUAUGGAAGGAUUUGGGGGGACUGGGCCUAUUAUUGGAAGUCUUUUUUUUUUUUUAAUUUGUUUAUCUACACUUGUUUAUGCUGUGAGCCAAACCUCUAUUUAAAAAGUUGAUACUCACUUUCAAUAUUUUAUUUCAUAUUAUUAUAUUUGUCAUGAAUAGUUAUCUUGAUGUAAAUAUAAAGAUUUGUUUCUGUAGAUAGUAAACUCUUUUUUUAAAAAAAAAAAGGAAAAGGGAAACGUUUUUAUAAAGUUAUAUUUUAAUCACCAUUUGUAUACAUUGUAUCUAUCUCUAAGCCCCGUAAGAGAAUGAUGAUUCAUUUGCACGGAGGUCUAUGGACAGCCACUUACCUGCCUAUCCUAAUUUAAAUGAUAACCUGAUAUAGUUACUUUGUGCCAAUUAAAUGAGGAUGCCACAAAAAAGUGUUUUUUUUUUUUUCACUAGGAACUUUUACUACCUGUUGGGAAAUUUUGGGGUCCAUGUCUCCCAAACGGAAGGACUUUCUUAACCAAUACCGAAUUUUUAUGAUUGGUGUCCAUUUCUUGUCAACACUUUUUGAUCAUAACUCCUUCAAUACUAUGUAUGGAACUGCUCACCAAUGAAACGAUCUUAGUUUCUAAAUAGACCUUGAUGGUGAUUUCUAACUUUUAUUUCCUCUGACAUAAUAGAAAAGAGUGUUUGCAUUUUAAAGAUUCCUUUGCUUCUCAUAAAUGAAUAUUCUUCCCUCCCAAAGCAAUGAUUGUACAUUAACCAUGGCAUUUUCCAAACAAGGCAAAGAUAAUUCAAUCAAAAACAAACACUGUUUCAAAGCAAGUUUCCCAUUAAGUAAGAAAAUAUGAAAAGACUCAAGUAGAUUGCAGACUCUACUUAAAUAAUGAGAAUAAUUUCCUGUUUUUUGACUUAACACUUGAGAUCUUCAUUAUUCAGGAUGUACUGAGUUGUGUUCCAUUUUCUUAGUGUUUCAACUACAUGUCUCAUGUUUGCAAAAAUUACUGUGAGUCAGAUGCAUUUACUUCCUCAGUUACUUUAACUGUUCUCCUGCCCUUACCCAAUAAGAGAGGAGGAAAAAAAAUUAUGCACAUAUACCUCUUGCAUUUAAUUCCUUAACAAAACGAAUCUUUUCCCUUUCUCCUAAUGGCAUACAUAUCUAAAACACUCAUUAAGUCAAGGAAAAAUGGGAGUGUGGAGCAAGUGCGAUGAUAGCCUAGCAGUUAAGAGUCUAGAAGCCUACGAGGGUAGCUUGGUCAAAGCUGGGAGGCCUCAAUUAGGGGCCAGCCUGGCUGUCAGAGUAGAGGUCUUAGCAAACUACCUAGUUUCAUUUAUUUUGUUUUAAAGUACAUGAAGUACUGGUGGCCAUAGCACUUAGAACCUCUUCAUUCCAGAAUUAUGUUCAUCAGUCCAGGCAGAUUGACCAUUUUUUCUUCAAAAAUAAAUUGCCAGUCUAUUAAAACUAAAAGUCCAUCAAAAUGGAAUGAAGAUCAAGUAUGAGGCUUUCAUACACAUUCAUUACAUCCCAAAGGAAGCCUAGGGGCAUAAAAAGACGGUUUCUGCCGAUGAUACUCUCCCCUGCCUUGGUGACAGCAAUAUUUCCAUGUUCACUUCCAACUCUGGAGCUUACUCCCUGUGGUGCCAGCAUAUUUGUGGCCAUUUACUACAUUUUUAUAUGAGCCUGUUUAUAGGUGCCAUUAGAUAAACUCAGGUCUUUCAAAUGAAGGAGUUUCUAGACCAUUUAGGAAAAAGAAUGGUUGUAUAGAUAGCCAUAAAACCAAUGGUGGGAAAAUUGGGAACUGGUGACCUUGAUGCUAAGGGUUGGUUUCUGUUAAGGAAAAGACCAGGUAUCCUGUGAGCAUCACUGGUGUCAUCUCCAGCAUGCUCAUAGAAUGUCUUUUCAGACAUUCUUGUCUUUUAGUCCAUCUAAGCCAACCUUUAUCCUUGGUGAAAACACCACUUUGGUUUUUUUUUCUAAGUGAUAAAAUUGUAUUUUUUUGUCUUUUGUAUAAGACUUGGUUUUGCUCUCAGUAGAAGAUGAAGACAGCUUUGGAUAGAUCUGUGUUGGUCUUCAUCUGACAAGUGAAGGAAUGUCCUCAUAUUUAAGAAAAUACUCAUUUUCUAAAAGCAGAAUACCCAAUUCUGUCUGUUCCAUUUUGAUGGAAUUCCGAACAAACCCUAACCAUGGCAAUCCCAGUAAAACUAAAGGAAAGGGAUUGUAGAACAUGCAGACUGUUCAUAUUAUAUGUAUGUAUUGUGAUUUCCUCAUGUCCUCUGCCUCUCUUGAUUUGCAAUUUCCCAGUAUCCCCUGUCACGUGCCCAGAGAACUUUCUUUGACGGUAAAAGCUGUGCAAAAGGCAUGAGACUCAGGCCUAUUCUUUGUUUAAAUGGUGGAAAAAUAUAAGUUAUUUUCUAAGUAAUAAAGAUAUGAAAAUUAUCAUUGUAAAUAAAGUCUAAAGUUUGAAAUGA